GGCGCCAGGGGGCGCUAUCCACGCUCAGCGUCCCACCCCUGACGCGCCGCGCAGUGCGACACGACCUGCGCCCAGCGCGCUCGAGCUGCCUGCCGCUGCCGCGCGGUGCGGGCGCGAUGGGCCGCGGGCGCCCGGGCGCGCCGCGCGACGCCGCCGUGCAGGGCACCGGCGGCAGCAGCGCCAUCAGCAAGUGCUCGGCGGCGGAGCGGGGCUACAUCGAAGACCGGUUCCUGCGGCUCCUGGCGGGGCGGCGGCGGCGGCGCGCCCCGCUUGUCCACCGGGGUUAUUAUAUCCGUGCCCGUGCUGUAGAUCACUGUGUUCAAGACUUUCUGCUGAAGACCCAAAGCUAUCCUAGGACACAGAUCCUGUCUUUAGGUGCUGGCUUUGACUCCUUGUACUUCCGUUUGAAAGACAUGGGUCUUCUGCAUCACACUGUGAUGUAUGAGGUGGAUUUCCCAAAUGUGGCAUGCCAGAAAGCUACUCUGAUCAAAACAACAAAAGAGUUGUCAGCACUUGUGGGAGAUACUGAAGGGGAGCGAUUAGGAGUCACUACUAUCUUUUCUGGAGAAGAUUAUAAAUUACUGGGAGUGGAUUUAUCAGAGUUGUCUAAGCUGAGUACAGCCCUAAAAGAAGCAGGACUGGACAAUGAAGUCCCCACCCUUUUCAUAGCAGAGGUGGUGCUCACCUAUAUGGAAAAUAGCAGGUCAGAUGCCUUGAUUCAGUGGGCAGCAGAGCAUUUCUCUCAGGCAUGCUUUCUGCUGUAUGAGCAGAUGCACCCUGAGGACCCUUUUGGACGUGUCAUGCAGCAGCAUUUUAGCCAGCUGAACUCUGCACUUCAUUCUUUGUCACAAUACCCUGAUUGUGAGGCUCAGCAGAGGCGCUUUUUUGAAAAAGGCUGGACUGAGUGCAGUGUCAUGGAUAUGAAUGAAUUUUUCAUCUGUUGUACUCCAGAAAAUGAACAACAAAGAGUGCAGGCUCUGGAGCCUUUUGAUGAAUAUGAGGAAUGGCAUCUGAAAUGUUCUCAUUACUUUGUCUUGACUGCAUCAAAGGGGAUGGAACCUACCUGGACUCCAUUGUUAUCCAGUCAGACAGUUCCUCAUCAUCAUGGUCCUGUCAAGAUGGUUGGGAGUAUCAAUGCAUUGGUGUGUGAAGUGCACUCUGAAACUUCUGGCUUGAGACGAUAUGGCCACCACUCUGCUCUUAUCAAACCCAAUGUAAUUCUGACCACUGGAGGCUUUGGGGAGGAGAAUGGACAGCACUGUCGUAUGAGAAAUUUUCAUGUGCUGAUUAAGCAUGCAGGCUACUGGAAGGCCGGAUGUGUGAAAAAGGAAAAUCCUGAUAAAAGAUGGGAUGAGCGAUUGUACCAUACUGUGUCAUGUCUCUCAAGCACCCUAGCCCUGGUGGUAGGAGGACGAACAUCCCCAAAUGCAGCUUUGGGAAUGCUGUGGCUAAAGUUCCCCAAAACCUGUAAUGACUUGGAUCCAAGUGACAUUACAGUGGAGCUUGUAAGUGUGCAGCCUGCUGCUGAACCAUUUGCUUUGCGCUGGAGACACAGUACAACUGAAGUAAUAUUCAAAGGUGAGAAGUACCUCUUUAUGUAUGGAGGCCGCUCUGCUGCGCAGCCAGUGCUAGGAGAUUGGUAUUUCCUGCACACUCCAGAAAUUUCCUGCACUGUGAUUCCUGUUGAGGGUCCAGUACCAGAAGGCCGUCACUCUCACAGUGCCUGUAGUUGGAAAGGAGGAGUGCUAAUUGCAGGAGGUCUGGGAGCAGCUGAGCAGCCCUUAGGUUCAGUUUUCUUUCUGAGGGAGGCUGAACACGGCUUUCAGUGGCAGACAGUAGAGACACACCCUCCUCUCAUCCCAAGGUAUUCACAUACUGCUCAUGUGCAUGAUGGAAAACUUCUGCUUGUUGGCGGAGUGUGGCUUCACUCAUUUUCUGUGCCAGGCAUCACUGUCAUUGACUUAAUAACUGGUCUCUGCUUGGACUACACAAUUAAUGUGGAGCAUUUGGAGUGGCCAUUAAUGCUGCAUAAUCAUAGUAGUGUUUUUCUGCCAAAUGAAAAGGAGCUGUUGCUUAUUGGUGGUGGUGGGAACUGCUUCUCCUUUGGGACACACCUGAACCCAAAGCCUGUCUCAAUAAGCCUCAGAAAUAUUCUGACCAGCCACUAAUUGGGACCAAACAGGACUGAACUGUGCCACUGCAUCAUGGUGAGACAGCUAUUCACUUGCAGAUCCAAGAACAAAAUGUUACCACAAAGGUUUUCUAUCCAGAAUGCAUUUGUAAAAGUGGAAUAAGGAGAAGGGUUUAGGAGGUGAAGUUAUGACAAGCAUGCAUACUUCAUUGAUUUUUUAUUUAUUUAUUCUUUGUUUUGCUGCAAAUGAGGUGUCCCAGAAGUAGCUCUGUGGUGGCAGCGGUAGCCAUUAGAGGUAAAUUGAGGACCAGUGCUGUGUUAAAAAGGGACGUAAGUUUGCACAGUGCUGACUUGGAAGUAAAAUGAAGCCACUGAGUUAAAAAGCCAUUGGAAAUAUGCAGCCAAGCAUAAUUAAAUAAGUGAAACAGAAUGUGUUAUAGGUUAUAUUUGAAAUUUCUAAAAGUCACACCAGAGAGAUGAAGGAAUUAAUUAUACCUCUGCCUCAUCCUGUGAGAUCAGAAGCCAUUGAGUAACUGUAAGCUCGGAUUCUCAGGGGACAUACUAAGAGUCUUGGGUUCCUUCUCUGCUUGCCCCCCAAGGCCUUACGGAUGAAAAAUGUUAGGCUUGAUGUUUUUCCCUUUGAAAUACCAAAAGCAAUAUCGAGAAGCCUACUUCCGGUGUCUUUGUUGCUAAUAGCUGCAUACUUUUAUCAGCUGCUGUGGUGUGUUUUGUUUUUUACUUCCCCAAACCAAAAAUGCCUUAAGUCAGUAAUAGUAAAAUUUCUAUUACCCUCA